UCAGGGUGGUUUUCGUCAUGUGGAUGCCGAGGGGGUGCGUUGGCGGCGCCGCGCGGGUCGGUGGCUGCGUUGCUGCGAGCGCGAGCGUUCGCGCUCGUGUCGCCGCGAGCAAUCUCUGCGUACCGAGCGAGACCUGCGUCGGAGAGCGGGCGAGUGGGCGCGCAGUACGAGCGGGCAGCAGCGCGGCCGGGGACGCCGCUCCGACUGGCGGGAGUCUUCGCAGACGGCAGCAAGGCGAAAGCGCCCAAGUACGCCCAGCUCAUCGACCCGCAGGGGAAUGAGCUCUUCGUGCCUAUCAACACCAAGGGGGAACUCUACGAGGUGUGCCCUGAAGAACUGUCGCCUGCAGAGUGGGGCUCCGCGGGAGAGGGCCCGGCCUCCGCCCCGCCUCCUGAUGCGGCAGCGAAGGCCCACCGGCUCCCUCACCUGUUGAGCCUGUGGAGGCUGCCGACGAGGGUCCGGCUGCUGGCUGGGACUGUACCUAUUGAGAUGGCACACGAUGUUGGAGACGAUCUUCUACUGCGGGCGGCGGUGACGGAACCGGUGCUGGUGAUGUGCACGCUCCCCGAAUACAACUCCCUGCCCUCCAGCCCGAGCAAGCAGGUCGACCCUCGCUACCACGCCAAGGAGGCUCUCCAACUCCUCCCAUUAAACAGCACGGUCAAGGUCCGCCGCACCCAACUCGGCUUCGAAAACGAAAAGCGAAUGUUCCUCUCCGCCCGUCUCCAGAAAGCACUAACCUUCUGUCAACUCAACGUUGACAACUGGAUCAGGCAAAUCUCCUACGCUAACAACGCAGUGGUUGGCAAAGCGAAGACAGCUGAGGAUCUCAUGAAAGAAGAACAUGAACCCAUCAAGUUUGAGAAAGAAAAGAAGUUUACGCUGCAAGGAUUGAAAAUAGACACGUCUAGGCUAUUUGGGAAAAGCGAUAAGGUGUUGAAGGAUAUCCCGGAUGAAACUGAAGGGUCCAUUAUAUUUUUGAGUAAAAACGAAUUGGAACAUAUGAAUUAUGACGUCUAUAGUGAUGAUGAGGGAAAAGACGAUAAGAGUGAAGAUAAAGUGGAGCACGAACACUUCUCCAGUGAUAAAAUGCAGGUGUUCAGGGAAGAUUCAGGGCAGAAGAAGAGCAAAUGGUUCAAAAACCUAAAACUGUUAAAGAGUACGGAGAAACUAGAUGAAAAGAUAACAGCAAUAGAAAACACUGAGAAGUUGAGAGACUUCAAAGAUCCGUUUGAUCCUUUAGGGGAAAAACACAGUUCUAUAGAGAGGUAUCAAGACAUGGCUAAACUAAUCGAAGACAGAUUUGGUGGGUCGAGGAAAAAUGACAGUACAGCGGAAAAGAGCCAUUCUUAUAAGAGUCUUACUACGUCAUCUUCUGACAUGGGCACAAGUCAGUGCAGCUCUAACCAUAAAAAACCAGUGUUAACAAAAUCUGUAUCUGUCCAAACAGGAAUGCCAGAUGGCACUUACACCCCCGAAGAAGACAGCGGAAUCAACAUGAAACAUGGCCGCAAAAAUCUUAGCGUUGAUCAAAUUAACUACUGUGGUUCCAUGGAAAGUGACACCAGUUCUGGAAGAAAACUGAAAUCUCUGGAUGAGAACAUGCUCAAAAAAUCAAUGGCCACAAAAUCGUCGACGAAUUUGGAAAGGCGACAGAGGAUACAACCAGAUUUGAUUCCAGAAAAGGCCAUGGUCAAGUCAGAAUCUUACAAUCAGAUUCAGAGCUGCGAAGAAAUAAACAUGUUCGGAGUUGGAUCGCUAUACAACGAUAGUGACUUCGAAAUUAAUUACAAGCAGCAUUCCUACAUAACAGAGAAGCUUUGUUCAGAAUUCCACGUGAAAACUAAAAGGGUUUUGAGCAAGUCUACUUCGAACCUGCUGCAUCCUAAAAAACUGACGGACAAAAAGGAGGGUAGCAACAGCAACAGUAUGCCGACCAAAACCGAACGAACGAACGACGACAAACUCUCUAAUUUUAGGAAGAAAAUCGACAAACCUAGAGCACCAACGCCCAAAUCUGAAAUAGAGGAAGAUCUCACUCCUAUUGACAUUUCCGAAGAAGAGCCUCAUGUCCAAGUAAAGAUAAGGCGGUCGAUAUCUUCUAUACAAAAGCGUAAAUUGCCUGUGAUAGAAGAUUUACCUUACGGACAAGUGGCAGACGCUGUUGAAAUCGAAGAAGAAAAGGCAGUCUCUGAUGCUAGCUCUGACAACAUUUACGCAGAGAUUUGCACUCCGAACGGCAACAAGACAAGCGAUGAAGAAAACUACGAUAACAACGUAGAUAUACUGGCUACGGACCCUGUGAUUUGUAACGUUAAGAAAGAAGUGAUAAUAAGAAACGACGAGCGAGCGAGACAGAUGAUAGAGAACCAAGAGAAUCCUUUCAGACAUAUCGAAGUGGUGGUCAUAGAGAAAACCACAGACUUUGAUUUAGAUAAUUCGAGCGUUACGUCCAGUGAGCUAGACGAUUUAGGCAGCAAGAACGACGUGUCUAUCAUCGAUUCUUGGGAGCGAGAUAAGGUUACUCUCUCGGAUCAGAAAGUCCAUGCGAUCAGACUAGAAAUAACCAGCAAUAUGGACGACUAUCCGAUUGAUAACGAACAGAAUAUAGAUAGGACAGACGUUUUGAUAAGCAAAGACAAUUUGAGCUUUAGUAACAGCAUACACUUGAAUGGUACUUACCCUACAGAGGCCAUCUACGAUACUUUAAAAUAGUUUUAGACAUGAUAUCACAAUUUUUGUGCAGUCACGAUGUAGAUUUUUAAGCGAAAAUGUUGUAUAAUAUUUGUCUAAAAAGUCAAAUGUAAUACCAUUUUCGGAGGUUCACUACAGCUUUUCAUUAUUUUAUUGUAUCAAUAAUUUUUAGCGCAAUGAUAUAAUUUUAGCAAUAUUUUGUAUGCCAUUAACAUAAACUGUUGAAGAAAAUCUGAAAUUUCUAGUUACAGAUUACCUCUUCAGAGAAAAUAUACAGAAAUGUAUAAAUAAACAUCACAAUGUAAUAGAACUUAUGUAUAAGUUAUGACCUAAUUAUAGAACGUAAGACUUUUUAGACAACUACCCUACCUAUGUACUUAGUAACCACUAAUUAAAGUAUAAUAU